GCCUGUUUGGUAAUUGGUACUCGGCUCCACUCGGCGAGAUUCGGGAGCGCGCUUCCAAACGCCGCCGCGAUUCGGCAUCCUGCUCGCGUGAGAAGCGCUCAUCCGGCAUUCCGGCUCCAACCGUCCAUUCUCCGCCCCGCUUCGCCUUUUUUCCCGUCGCUUCCUUCUCCGCUGCUCCCGCCGCCCUUCUCCGGCAGGAUUCGACGGCGGCGGCGGUCUCUGCGAGCCUCCUCUUACUUCACGGCUGCCUGGAGGGCUUCCCGAGCCGCGGCGAUCUCUCACAGCUCGCCUUCCUCGUCAUCCUGCACCGCUGCGGCCUCCCGCGCCGUCGAGAGUGAGCGAGUUCGGGAGCGCUACCGCUACCAAACAUGGAGCUUAGCUGGAGCGGGAGCCCGUGUGAGCUGGUUGGGAGUCCUACCAAACAGGCAUUCUAACCCUAAUCGAGUGGUGCCUUCCCUAGCCGUCGGCUAUGGACAAGUUCCUCGUGCCGGCGCCGCCUCAUUGUGGCGAGGAGCCCGCGCCGCCUCCUAGGAGACACCGGUGGAGGCGCAUCAUCGCGGAGCUGGACGGCCGCAUAGACUCCAGGUUCCAGCACAGAGAUUCGCGCCUCCUUCUUGAUUCCUUCACCGAGGUUGGGGCCUUCGAUCACAAGUAUUACAUUCAUGGCGAGGAAAGGUGUCGGACAUACGUGGAUCGAAUAAUUAGUGCUUCAACUAUAAAUUUUCAUCCAGUAAGGGAGGGUGUUUCAGCAAUAGAAUUCGAUAGAAAGGGAAUAUACAUUGCAUCAGUGACACUCUCAGGGUGUCUGACGGUGCAUGACUUUGAGACUUUGUACUGCUCUAAAUAUGGCCCACCAUGCAGUAUGCCAGAUGAAUCAUCAAAUUAUGUGCUCCAUAUAUCUAACCGAAUUCCCCUAAAUGCUGUCCGAUGGAAUCCAGGAAACCAAGACGAGAUUGCUUGCACAUCAAAUCAAAGUGAUAACGUUUUCCUCUUUGAUAUUGGCUAUGUCUCAUCUACACCAACUGAAGUUUUGCAUAAAGGAAAAUCGAAAUUCCCCUCGCUCUACUCUGAAUCCUGCAAGAGUUUGACUGAUAUAACUUUUACUUCAGAUGAUAAGUCACGGAUAUUUGCAUCUGGCCUUGAUGGGGCAGUGUACAUGUGGGACAGGCGAUCAAGUAAGACACACUGUCUUGAGCUUGUGGCAUCUCCAGAAGCUCAGUUCAACACUGUCAAGUUAACUGUGGAUAAUCGGACUGUGUUUGGUGCAACUAAAAAUGGCACAAUUCAUGUUUGGGAUCUCCGUGGAGGGAGGGCAUCAGCUGCUUUUCAAAGCCACAACGAGGUUCAGCAAUUGAUGUCAGUGAAAUUAUCAACGUUAUUGGGCAAAAUUGCAUCGCUAAAGGAACAAUCAAACAUUGUUUCAAGUCCGAUUCUGUCGAUAGACUUCAACCCUAGUUGUUCAUAUCAAUUGGCCUUCCAUCUUGAUGAUGGCUGGUCUGGAGUCCUGAAUGUUAACAAUCUCAAUGUGACUCAUCUUCACUGCCCUCCUCCUGCUUGGUUGGAGGGCACAGACUUGGUGCUGCAAAAGCAAUUAAGAAAGCCAACCUGGCUGCUGACAUCUUCAAUCUAUGCAGUUGGAUCUUCCUCAUAUGAUGGAAUCUAUCUACUAGACUUUCAUCCAGAUACCAGCUCUGCAUGCCAUGUGGACUACAAAGAGGAAACAAGAGUCUCCGGGGAAAAUCAACCUGCAGGAAACAAGUUUGUUCCUUUAUCCCAAAGGGUGCUUUCCUGUGCAGCCCAUCCACUCAGUCACACCAUAAUUGCUGGUACACAGUUCUCAUCGUUGCUCAUGUUAUCACAAAAGUACAAGAGUAUCAGAAAUCCAGAGCCUUGAUGACAUGCCGUUUCCUCCACGCAGCAUCUUCAAUCGUGCAUCUGCAGAAUCACAAUGGUGUUUGUUCAUCUCCAUCGUGCAUUAAAGAAUUAUGUGCAGCAUGUAAACCUUGCUUUGCUGGUGCAUUGGACACUCACUAGGUUCGAAGUGCUGCCAGCAAUAACCGUCUUUCAAGAACUGAUGAAUACGCAGCCAUUCACAAAAAUGCACCCAUAGAGAAGAAAUCUCUUGCUAUAUAUAAAAAAGAAUGGCAAGAGAUUUCCUCCCCCAUAGAUCUCUUAUAAUCCUCGUCACCAAAUCAGCUCUAAAGAGUUGGAUCACCACCACUGUACACAUCGGCUCUGUUUUUCUUGGACAUGAUUCUUGUAAUCGUCGUUUUCUUGGACAUGAUUCUUGUAAUCGUCGUUAUUCUUGAUUAGUAGUUCAGUUUUCGAUUU